AUGAUUUCAACAAUCGGCACAACAACAGUUCAAACAACAACAGCACCUAACUCGUUAGUCAUGAAUCCUACGUCAAUGUUAGUAGAAAUGAAAAGCUUCAUUCCUUCUUCAUUUACUUUCGAAACAGAAAUACAAAGAAUAAAGCAAGAACUUUUAACAAGUAAUUUAGACUGUACCGCACAGGAUGAAACAAAUGAACAGUAUCUUUAUGACAUGCAGGACAUUAUUGACCAUUUACCCAAAUUGCCUGAAAUCCAACAACAAAAACUCACUAUUCCUGAAUUCGACGAAAUUGAAGUCAAAGCAACUGACUCAGUAGAAAUUAAGAAAUUCAUACGUAAAGUAAAUUAUGAAUUCCUUGGUUUUCAUUGCAACCAUAAAGUUAUGGACAAAGAUUGCGACAUGGUUUAUAAGAAUGUUUCUGACAUAUAUAAAUCUGAAGAAUUUAAGACCUACGACAACUUUGUUUCAUUAGUUGCAGAAUGUGUAUGGCAGAUAAGAGAUGAAGAUAGAAGAGGUAAAGUAUGGAAUAAACAGAUAAAACCAGCAACUUUUGAGUUAAAGAAAACCAUUGGCGCCUUAGUUGUUCUAGCUGGUUUUAUUUCAAUGUAUAACGCAAAAAUGAACCCGCAAUGUUCUAAAUGUAAAGCAGCAAUUAGGAAAUAUAACUAUUCAGUCAAAGAGAUAGAACGUAUGAGAAACGACUAUGCAGACUUAAAGAAAGAAAUGACAAACAUUGAGUUUGAAACAGUUGGAAAGAUAGACAAUGACACCAAA